CCUCUGAAGUUUUAUAAAGAGUACCAGAGACUAGAGAGUGAAAAGAACUGAAGGGAAGAGCCCCCCACCUAGCCCUGCUCCCCCAGGCUCCCAGAAAUCUCAGGGCAGAGGGCACAAACAGCCUCUGGAGCUCUUGCCUGGUGGGACCAUGAACUGGCAGCGGCUGUGGCUGGGCUUCCUACUCCCCAUGACAGUCUUGUGCUGGGCCCUGGGGCCUGGAGAGGAGGCAGCAGUGGAUUACUUGUUGCAAUACGGGUACCUACAGAAGCCUCUAGAAGGACCUGAUGACUUCAGGCCAGAAGAUAUCAUAGAGGCUCUGAGAGCUUUUCAGGAAGCAUCUGAGCUGCCAGUCUCAGGUCAGCUAGAUGAUGCCACGAGGGCCCGUAUGAGGCAGCCCCGUUGUGGUCUGGAGGACCCCUUCAACCAGAAGACCCUUAAAUACCUGCUGCUGGGCCGCUGGAGAAAGAAGCACCUGACCUUCCGCAUCUUGAACCUGCCCUCCACCCUCCCAUCCUACACAGCCCGGGCAGCCCUGUUUCAAGCCUUCCAGUACUGGAGCAAUGCGGCUCCCUUGACCUUCCGGGAGGUGAAGGCUGGCUGGGCUGAUAUCCGCCUCUCCUUCCAUGGCCGCCAAAGCCCAUACUGCUCCAGUACCUUUGAUGGGCCUGGGCGGGUCCUGGCCCAUGCCGACAUCCCAGAGCUGGGCAGUGUGCACUUUGAUGAAGACGAGCUCUGGACUGAGAAGACCUACCGGGGGGUGAACCUGCGCAUCAUUGCAGCCCACGAACUGGGCCAUGCCCUGGGGCUUGGGCACUCCCGAUACACCCAGGCCCUCAUGGCCCCUGUCUAUGCUGGCUACCGGCCCCACUUCAAGCUGCACCCGGAUGAUGUGGCUGGGAUCCAGGCUCUCUAUGGCAAGAAAAGCCCAGAGACAGAGGAUGAGGAAGAAGAGAUGGAGCUCCCCACUGUACCCCAAGUGCCCACAGAACCCAGUCCCAUGCCAGACCCCUGCAGUGGUGAACUGGAUGCCAUGAUGCUGGGGCCCCGAGGGAAGACCUACGCUUUCAAGGGAAACUACGUGUGGACCGUGACAGAUUCAGGGCUGGGUCCCUUGUUCCAAGUGUCUGCCCUUUGGGAGGGGCUCCCAGGAAACCUGGAUGCUGCUGUCUACUCUCCUCGGACGCAAUGGAUUCACUUCUUUAAGGGAGACAAGGUGUGGCGCUACGUUAAUUUCAAGAUGUCUCCUGGCUUCCCCAAGAAGCUGAAUAGGGUAGAACCCAACCUGGAUGCUGCUCUCUAUUGGCCUCUCAACAAAAAGGUGUUCCUCUUUAAGGGCUCCGGUUACUGGCAGUGGGACGAGCUGGCCCAAACUGAUUUCAGCCGCUACCCCAAACCAACCAAGGGGUUGUUUACAGGAGUGCCAGACCAGCCCUCAGGUGCCAUGAGUUGGCGGGAUGGCCGCGUCUACUUCUUUAAGGGCAAACAGUACUGGCGCCUCAAUCGGCAGCUUCGAGUAGAGAAAGGCUAUCCCAGAGAUAUCGCCCACAACUGGAUGCACUGUCGUCCCCAGACCCCAGACGCCACCCCAUCAGAUGGGGACACCACUUCCUCAGCCACAGGAACAACCUUGGAUACCACUUCCUUGGCCAUAGGUAUCACUUUGCACACUGAUCGCUCAGCCGGAGAUACGAUCUUGGACAUUACCCCCUUAGCCACAGCCUCCACCGCCCUUUUAUUCCCUGGUAACGUCACCCACCCAGAAAUCUAAGACCUCGAUCAAACGUCUGCUGCAGUACGAGCACGAACCAUGGACCUCAUGCCUCUAAAUGUCCCAGCUCCAGCCACCACUCCCCUGUAUUCUUUCCCUCCUGGUCAGUGACUCUCUAACCCAGCCCCCAACUCCAUCCAUUUCUUCCCCAUCCUAGAUAGCACUUCCAACUGUGUCAUCUACUCUCUGGAGGACAUUGGUAGGGGAAAGGCAGCCAUCAGGCCUUUAGCUGACAGGAGGCCACAACUGGGAAAGCCUGGGUCCUGUUCUUCCUAGAUAAAGUGCAAGAAAACAGCAUAGCCAGUAAAAUGAGCAACGGCUUUGUAAUCCUUGAGAAUCACAUUUACUUGCUUAUGACUUUGGGCAAGUUAAUUAACCUCGUUAAGCCUUGGAUUUCCCAUCUGCAAAAUAAGGUUAAUACCAAUCCUGCAGGGUUGUUGCAUUAAAUGAAAUACUAUAUGUGAAGUGCCUGGCACAUUUGUGCUUAAUAAAGGUUAACUUCACGUUCAUGA